AUGGCUCAUUCGACAUCAUCAGCCGUAGUACUUCAUCAUUCCAAUCCUGCGCAUGGUCAUCAAGCACCACCGGAUGUCGUGGUCGAUGCUUUACCUUAUUACGAUGGCGGAUACGAGGAAGCCGGUGUGCGUGAAGCUGCGCUUAGUUUAGUUGAAGAUGAAACACGUCGUUAUAAACCGACAAAAAAUUAUUUAGAACAGCUGGGCCAACCUCUAUACCAUCAAUUUGAGACCGACAUCAUGAAAACAGAAUUUGAACGCCUUUCCAAUCGUUUACCAAUGGAAAUGCUGAGUAUGAAACGUUAUGAAUUGCCUACACCACCACCCGGUAAACAAACAGAUUUCCAAGCAUGGAAUGAAUGUGUGGAAAACUCCUAUGCUCAACUUGAACAUCAACAGACACGAAUCCUGAAUUUGGAAUUGAUGUGGGACUACGGAGCAAAUACAUGGAAAAUCUACAAUACUUCUUUACAAAAUAUGUUAGAACAAGCACAAAAACAAUUAUUAGAACUUCGAAAACAGAUUCAGGAAAUAAACUUUAAUCGUAAAAAUGAACAAACGCACGCAGGAGCUAAGCUGAGCGCACUUGAACAAACUUGGGUCGGUUUAGUUGGCAAGAACUAUGAAAUUGAAUGUGCGAUCGUGGAAUUAGAAAAGGAAGUUGCAAAUUUACGAAAACAACCAAAAACAAAUGGAGCUGCAACAUCUGAACAUUGA